AUGGCAGAAAUCUCCCUCAACAAAUCAAAUGGACAAUAUUUGACCACUGGAUGUUUCAGAUCAGGUUCCCAAGUUGUUCGAAAAGUUUUUAGUGUCUAUCCUAACCAUGGAGGCCAGAAUGGAGCAACAAGGCUGACAAUCAAAGGGCAAGGGUUCUCAGUGGGGCAUCAAUUUGACUUUGGAGCAGAAGAUGAAAAGUUGGGCAACAGCGUGCAGCUGGUAUCGGAUACCAGGUCCAUCCCCUGUGAUGUAGAGAGGGAAUCCAGCCAUGAAACACAGAUUAUCUGUUACACCAGGCCUCUUCCAUAUGACACCUAUGUUGUUGUAGUGACUGUGGAUGGGGUUCCUAUUGUUAACCGAUGGAUAAAGUUUUAUGCACGCAACUACCGUACCCCAACCAUUGAGGAGAUUUCACCAAUGUCUGGAUUGCCAGGCCAACUGAUUACUAUCCGAGGGAAAAUUUUCACUGAUGUCUAUGGCAGUAAUAAACCAAUGGAUUCCAGUCACAGCAACACCAAGAUUGUAAGAGUCUAUGCUGGAGGAAAGCUCUGUGACUUACUUCAUCCGGACUCCGAUAACUUGUAUGGUUUGAAACUUAACUCCGGGAAUAAAGGCACUAUGACAUGCAGAGUGACUGGUACAUACACAGGUCACCAUAAUAUGAGCUUCAUUUUGGAUAAUGGCUAUGGAAGGUCUCUACCGACUGUGAAAGCUUAUUUUGUCUCCUCUCUCAAUAAACUCAGCAUGUUCCAAACCUACUCAGAGAUGACUGGCAUCUACCUGUCUGAAGGGAGUAUAGAAGGAGGCACUCGGCUGACAGUGAAAGGGAGGUUCUUUGAUGAAACGGAUGCCCCAGCCAGAGUUACUGUGGCAGCAUGGAGUCCAUCUGUUACCCGUCUUAGUGGAUUCUUUGUUGCUCCAGUGACUGAUGAUUACCGUUUCUACAUCAGAGGGAGCGGUGUAUACGAACUUUACCUUAGCUUAACCGGGCAUCCUCAGGAUAAGGUUAAAAUUGCCUAUGGCUCCAGGAAGACCUGGAGUUACACAUGGUUCUCCAGCCAAGCCUCUGAUAUACUGCAACUAGAAGAAAGGAAAGAAUAUUACAUGGAAGUGCUCCUGCAGGAAACCACAUCAUCAUCCUUUGUAUCUGUUGCUGUGUACCACAACACUACCUCUUACACCGAGCAGCAGACAGCUGACUCCAUCAAUGAACAGCAGUACAUCAGGUCACUCUCCCAGGUUGUCUAUGAGAAGCAGGUUGUAACCCUGGAGAACUGGACAAUAGGAAGAGCGGUCAGUGAGGUUCAGCAGGUCACCAUCACCAGUCCUUGCUGGGACUCUGACUCCUGCUCAUUCCACUGGUUUCGGCUCAUCUACAACCAGGAGCUCACAGGACUUCUUCCCACAGAUGCUUCGGGUGAACAGAUUGAGCAGGCUUUAAAUGAUCUGUGGUCGAUUAAACCUGAUACAGUGAAAGUGUCAAGCACAGCAAUCAGCCAGGGCUUUGCCCACACAGUGACUUUCAUCUCCACAAGAGGGGAUUUUGAUUUACUCCAGCACGAGGCGUUGGUAGGAAGCAAAAUCACCAUCGAAGUGGUGGAGCAAGUCAAGGGGAGACCCAGUAUGGACACUUUCACACUGAGGCUGGACGGGAUCAAUUCCAGGCCCCUUCCAAGUGCAGCUACUGCUGAUGAGGUGAAAGCUGCGUUAGAAGGACUGGUGGGUGUGAAGUGUCCUGAACACAUUGCUGGCUAUAGCAGUGGGUAUGCAGUCAAGUACUUUGAUGAUUUUGAAGAUGGGGGCUACAGCUAUCAUAGUGGCCAGGUGACGGUGGAGACUGAUGCCUUCUGCGGACGACACUCUGUCAAAAACCCGUAUUAUCUGUUUGACUUUGCUCAAUCCCAUCGGCCUGUCCUGUUAAACACCUACAAUCAGAUUGCAUUCAACAGCUCUAAGGACAGGGCUGCCUACAGGGGAUCCACCUGGCCAAGUGAGUCCAUUAUAAGAGUGUGGAGAAGAGAGGCAGCAUCUCCUCCCAUCACUGGCACCAUGGACAUUCAGGCCUACGGUCAGCUGCUGAAGGGAUUGCCAGUCAAUAUCUCUACCCUGGAAAUGCAGUACAGCUUGCAAAGCAUUCCUGAGAUUGGGACUGUGGCCGUGCAGGGGGGAGGCAGCUGCUCCAGUUACCACUGGAUAGUGACGUGGCUGAACAAGGUUGGAAAUCAGCGCUUGCUCCAGGUUAAUGAUUCAAAUGUUCACGGCGUCGAUGCAAGAAUCACCGUCACUGAGAAUAAGCGCGGAGGUCAGUUUAGUCAGCGGCUGAUUGGAGACCUGUUCCGCACACCACACGCUCUGCCCCAGGUUCAAGUUUUCAUCAACAGCAUUCCCAGCAAAUGCUCUGGAGAUUGUGGAUACAGAUGGACUUCUGCGAAAACCCCCGUCAUUACAGGCAUCAGCCCCAGCAGAGGUUCCUCUGUUUCAGGCACAGUCCUGACUAUAUCAGGCUUCCGAUUCGCCAACAGUUCAAAGACUGACACCACCCGCGUUCUGGUUGGAGGAGCCGAAUGUCCAAUCACAGGACUGACUGGUACUGAAAUGACCUGUCUGAUCGGGCCACCCAACAUCACAGUGGCUCCAGUUACUGUCUACAUCACCGCACUUGGCUUGGCAAAGCACUCAGGCAACCAGACAUUCACUUUCACCUAUGAGCUGGAGGUAGCCGGCAUUUCCCCUUCCACAGGCAGUGCUGAAGGUGGGACCGUCCUGACGAUAUCCGGCUCCGGUUUCCCUCCCGGUGCAACAGUUCUCGUCGGAAAGAAGCCCUGCCGCCUCCUCACGCUGAGCCCCAGUGAGAUGACCUGCAGUACGCCGGCUGCAGCGGCUGGAGUGGCCAAUAUCUCUGUGUUCACCGAUGAAACACAUAGCACGUUGCCCUUCAAUUUCACUUACACCGAGGUGAAAAUGCCGGCAAUCUUGAAAGUAACUCCCACAGCGAGCAGUGUGGCAGCAUCCGCAGCCUUUUGUGUCUUCAGGAGGUUGUUACCUCGACUGGAGGACUUUCGUUAUGGGGAAAGACGGGAUAGGCGGGCCUUGUUUUCCCUGGAGCAAAGGAAGAAGUGGGCUGAUUUGACAAAGGUGUAUGAGCUGGUGAAAGGCAUGGAUCGGUGGUGGACCAACAACAUCACCUGCCGGCUGCCCAGCCUGCCCCCCGCAGUGUACACCGUACAGACACAUGCCCCUGACAGUAACGUUACAAAUGUUUCCAUUAAGUACAUCCUGUGCGUAACAGGAAUGACACCCCGGCUGGGUUCACUCUAUGGGGGCACAGCAAUCACCAUCUCUGGGGCUGGUUUCAGUGCCACCCCAGAAGAGAACACUGUCCAGCUUGGCUCCGUUCAAUGUCCUGUUACCUUUGCUUCACCCAACGUGAUUGAGUGUGUUCUUGGUCCAACUGGAAGAACUUUCAUCAUCACCAACAAUGGCAGCCAUCCAACCCUAGGAGUUGGGUACAGCUGGAAUCCAUCAGCGCUCAAUAUCCUUGUAGGGGACACAAUCCACUGGCGGUGGGAGGCCGCACCUCUCGUCCAGGGCUUGAGCUACCGAGUCUUCAGUGUCUCCAAGUCCUGUGAUGUGAAUUACAAAGGCAGGGGCUUUAUAAGUGGAAAUACCGGCACUCCAUCAGGCUUUUUCUCCCACCGCUUCACCUCCCCUGGCUCGUUUUUCUACAGCAGUGGUUACAUCGACCAGAACAAAAAGAUCUUCCUACAAGGCACAGUGCAUGUGAGGGCAGCAGAGGAGAACUCCCUAAACCUGCACGUUUCUGUGGCUGCAAUUGAGGCAGAAUACCUAUCUGGACACCUGGAGACGGCACAGUCACAACAAGAUCAUGGUGGUGACUGUACAGCAGCCAAGCCCACCUGUCCCCAGUCGGGCAACAGCACUUCAGACAGCGAUGGAUUCACGUUUCUCCUGUCUCCCUGCUACUCCCCCACCAUCAACAGCAUCACGCCAUCUAAUGGUACUAUAUACAACAAACUCACCAUCGUGGGCACUGGAUUCAGCAACGUCACCUGUGCUAAUGAGGUGAGAGUUGGGCAGCACCGUUGCAUCAUUGAACACAGCACGGAGUGGGAGAUCCUGUGCCAUGUGGAUGUAGAGGAAGGGAUGGAAGUUGGAGUGGCAGCUCUGGUGUCAGUGAAUGUCCACAAUCAUGGUUCUGUCAUCUCCACGCCUUCUGACGAAUUCAGCCGCCACUUUGUGCUGCUCCCUCACCUGGACAGGGUGACCCCCAGCCUGGGCUCCACCACAGGACGGACCAGGGUCACCCUCACCGGCUCAGGCUUUGGAAAGUCCCCCAGUACCAUCCAGGUGCAGCUGGCAUCUGUGCCCUGCACGGUUGUAUCUGUGAAUUACACGCAUAUCUCCUGUGAUUCAUCCGCCUCCGUUGUCUCCAGUGGGACCGUCAGCAUUUGGGUACGAGGUCUCUUGGCCACGUGUACCGGCUCCUGUAACUUCACCUACACUGAGAGCAUCACACCAAGCGUGCUGACUGUCUCCCCAGAUGUCCUGGACACUGUCUACACUGAUGUGACCAUAAGUGGCCGAGGAUUUGGCAGCCAAGUCGAGAUGGUUUUUAUUUUAGUUGGCACUGCCAGCUAUAGACCCGCUGAUGUUUCAGACACUAGCCUGUACACGACUGUGGGACCCCUGCCUGUUGGUCAACACUCCCUCAGGGUCUUGAUCUUGGACAAGGGUUUAUCUGCCGAGACUCUGUGGCUCACCAGUGCUACCACAGCUUCUCUGCUCCCAGCCUCAGGAGGGAUUAACGGAGGCACCACGUUGUCCAUCACGGGGAACGGUUUUGUCCGGGGUGCCACCACUGUGACGGUUGAUGGCUCCACUUGCCGCAUUCUCACCAGCACCCCGGGAGAAGUCAAGUGUGUCUCCCCGGCCUGCGGCCCAGGCACUGUCCAAGUAAAGGUUACAGUUCAUUCCACGGUGUACCCACUCCUGACCUUCACCUGCAACCAAACGGAGACGCCCACUAUUCUGGCUGCCUCUCCAACCACCGGUGUAAGUGGAACAAGACUCACCAUUCUUGGGCAAAGCUUGGGAUCUGUUGUCUCUGAGGUCAUGGUGUCAAUCGAUGGCGUCCUGUGCAGUGUGACCACGGCUAAUGAGAGCUGUGUGGAGUGCACUGUAGGACAUCACGCUGGGGGCAACUUCCCAAUCCUGCUGGAACAUGUCAGGAGAGGAUACGCAAACUCUGGCUUCUCGUUUCAGUACCAGCUCAACAUAACUUCUGUCUCUCCAGCUGAAGGCAGCUUCGGUGGGGGCCUGAUCCUGAUGGUGAAGGGCACUGGAUUUGACAUACAGAAAUCGCGAGUGUUUGUGUGCGACGGUGAAUGCAGGGUGGAGCCAGCAACCUCCAGUUCCAGCAGCCUACACUGCCACCUGCCUCUGAAUAAUGGAACUGGGCCUCAGCAGCAAUGCAGCGUGACUGUUGUAAACAGUGAAAAUUCAAUCCAGCUGCUCAACGCCUUCACCUACACGUCAGCUUUGACCCCCGUGGUGACCGCCGUUGAGCCCAGGCAAGGAGGAACAGCAGGAGGCACCAAACUGACCAUCACGGGAUCGGGCUUCAGUUCAAACAUAAAUGAGACUUCUGUCACUGUGGCUGAAGCUGCCUGUGAGAUCCAGUCUGUGAAUGAAACCAACAUUGUUUGCAUCACCGGUGCACAAUCACCCUCCCAGAAGACCAAGGUCAAGGUCAACGUAAAGGGAAAUGGCAUCGCCAAACUGGACUUUGCAGAUUACUACUAUGUCGAUGUGUGGUCAUCACGGUACACGUGGGGAGGUCAGCCACCCCCUGAGAAGGGCUCCCUGGUGGUCAUCACCAAGGGCCAAACCAUCCUGUUGGACCAAAGCACGCCCGUGCUAAAGAUGCUGCUUAUUCAAGGUGGUUCUCUCAUCUUCGAUGAGGUCGACAUUGAAUUCCAGGCCGAGAACAUUCUGAUCACGGACGGCGGGCUACUCCAGGUGGGAACAAGUUCCACUCCUUUCCAACACAAAGCCACCAUCACCCUUCACGGCCACCUGCGUUCCAGGGAACUGCCCCUGUACGGAUCCAAGACGCUGGCUGUUCGAGAGGGCACACUGGAGCUCCACGGUCAGCCAGUCCCUGUAACGUGGACUCACCUGGCUGAGACAGCAGAGGCAGGCACUUCAACAAUAACGCGCCAGAAACCUGUGAGCUGGCAGGCAGGGGACCAGAUUGUCAUUGCAACAACUGGUAACAGGCACAGCCAGGGUGAGAGUGAGCAGAGAACGAUCGGGAACGUGUCAAUGGGCGGGCGGACUCUGUACCUGACGGAGGGGCUGAGAUACAGGCACCUGGGCACAGUGCUGCCCCUCCCUGGGACUGUGCUGGAGCCUCGGGCUGAGGUGGGGCUGCUGACUCGGAACGUGGUGGUGAGUGGCUCCAACAACGUGGAGUGGAACGACCGCAUCGAGCGGUGUCCGGACGGGUUUGACACUGGUGAGUUUACCACCCAGACCUGCUUCCAGGGGCGGCUGGGAGAGGAAAUUGGAAGCGAUGAGUAUGGAGGCUGCAUCAUGUUCCACUCCCCACAUCCUGACCAGGGGCUGGCGCAGGGCCGGAUAGAAUACGUUGAGGUGUACCAUGCUGGACAGGCCUUCCGCGUGGGCUGUUAUCCCGUCCACUGGCACCUGUUGGGGGACCUGUCCUUCGGCUCGUACAUGCGAGGCUGCUCGAUCCACCAGACCUUUAACCGCACCGUCACCAUCCAUGGCACGCACCGGCUGCUGGUGGAGGACACUGUGGCCUUCAACGUGAAGGGAGGGGCAUUCUUCCUGGACGAUGGAGUGGAGCGGGACAACGUGCUGCGCCACAACUUGGCCGUGUGGGUGCGCCAGAGCACCAGCCUGCUGAACGACGACCUCACCCCAGCCGCCUUCUGGGUGACCCACCCCAGCAACACCCUGCAGGGCAACACCGCGGUGGGUGGCACCCACUUCGGCUUCUGGUACCGGCUGCUAGAGCACCCAGAUGGGGCCUCGUGGGACCAGAACCUGUGCCCGCGUAGCCUCCCCCUCGGGCUUUUCCUCAACAACUCGGUCCAUUCCCAGGGCUGGUACGGUCUCUGGAUAUUCCCGGCCUAUCACCCGAACAGGGAGGGCAGGUGCUCGGGCGGGAACUCCCAGCCGGCAGCCUUUUACUCCCUCACUGUCUGGAACUGCAGGAAGGGGGCCCAGUGGACGGAGGCAGGGGCCCUCCAGUUCCACAACUUCCUGCUGGUCAACAACGAGGAGGUGGGGGUGGACAUCCGCCGGGUGCUGAGGGCCCAUGUCGGUGGUUGGGGCCUGGCUGCAGGGGCCCUGCUCAGCAACCUCACUGUGGUGGGUCAUGCCCGGGGUCUGGACCCCCGGCUCUGCACACGCACUGGCCUGCUCCUGCCCCUGGACGAGGGGCUGACCGUGGAUGGGCUCCACUUGGUGAACUUUGACCAGCCUGGCUGCGCGGCUCUGGGGCUGGCAUCUAUCACUGGGAGCUGCAGAAAGGGCUGCGGGGGCUGGAGUGUCAGGUUCAAUCGAGUCCACUACUCCAAUGUCUCCAACAAGGCCGCCUUCCACUUGGAGCAUGAGAUUGUGCUGCACGACACCGAUGGCUCCCUUGCAGGUGGUGCUGGGUACAAGGUGGUUCCUUACAGUCGGUUAUUGGACCCUGCACGGUGCCAGCAGUCAGAAGAAUGGAGCCAGCAAUUCCCGGGUGUUGUGUGCGACUCCACUGUCAGCUUUCAUCAUGUCUCUAUUCACAGCCCCUCUCCAUCUGACCUGUGGGGGCGUCAGCUCAUCCUGUCCAACGCUUACGGAAGCAGCAGUCUCUCCUUUUGGUAUGAAAGGCUAAACCAUGGACCAGGCUGGAUGGCCCUCAUACCUAACAAUCAGACUGUUAAUUGGCACUUCAAGGACGUGGAUCACAUCACGGAGAUCUCCUACAGGGCCACCUUUUAUCAUUUCAUGGACAGUGACCAUGUUGUAAUAUCCCACAACCUGACACAACACACCGACCAUGUCCAGGUGACAGAUCUACAACGGACCGCCUCCCUCCAACCCCUGGGGUGGGCCCACAACCAGAAUGGUGACUGGUACUUUGACGCAGGCAACAGGACCUUGUACUACCUGGUUUCAGGGAAAGGUGCCCCUCAUUAUCCAAGUCUGGACCCGACCAUGGUCGAUGUAAACGUUCACCUCCGUGUCUUCCGCUGCUUUUACCAGAACUGCUCGUCUCCUCCCCAGUCUACUCUGCCGCCCUUCGUCAGCUCAGCUUCCCAAUACAGUCUGUGGUCGAACAACUCCUUCUGGGAAUCCUCUCCGGAAAACAACUUCACAGUUCCCAGAGAAGGUGACAGUGUGGUCAUAGCCCAAGGGGUCUGGCUUCUGGUCGACAUAAAGAUUCCACCGCUCUUCAAACUUACCAUCUAUGGCACUUUGGAAGUUCAGGACGAGAAUACAACAUCGGACCACAAUUCCUCACCCUACAUGAGCAUUGUCCUCAAUGCUACCUACAUCUCAGUCCAGGGAGGCAGGCUCAUCGCAGGAACGCCGGAGAAACCGUUCAGAGGAGAGCUCCUGAUCGUUCUGCGAGGAGACCAUCUGACCCCGGACUGGCCGUUAUCGGAUGGCCCUAACCAGGGGGCCAAGGUGCUGGGUGUGUUCGGAGGACUGGAUCUGCACGGGAUCCCUCACCGGCUCUACAGGACCAAGCUAGGGCAGACAGCACCGGCCGGUUCCCUCAACCUAACGUUGGCAGCAGCCGUCGUCGACUGGCAGGAGGGUGAUGAAAUCCUGGUGACAAGCACCAGCUAUGAUUCCCAGCAGACAGAAUCUCGGAGGAUCCGUUCCAUCUCACACGACAGGAUGUCUCUGCUCCUGGACCGGCCACUCUCGUUCACGCACGUGGUGGACACACAGGAAGUGAAGGGAAGAGACUGGCACUACAGCCUGGCAGCAGACGUUGCUCUCCUCAGCAGAAACAUCAAGAUCGUGGGCCAGGACUUCCUGGGCUGGCAGCAGCAGAAGUUCGGAGCCCGCGUGCUCAUCAGUUCCUUCUUCUACAAUGACCUGGAGAUCAAAGGUUACGCCAGGAUAAAGGAUGUUGAAUUCUACCACAGUGGACAGAAUGGAUACUGGGAUUACUUCGAUCCACGUUACUCUGUGGCAUUUCUCAAUCUUGGCCAGAUUCAAGGGAAUAACUCGUAUAUACAGGGUUGUGCUAUUCACAAUGGAUUUGCUCCUGCGAUCGGAGUCUUUGGAACAGAUGGCCUCAAUAUCGAUGACAAUAUCAUUUACAACACCCUGGGAGAAGGUAUCAAAGUGUGGGGGAGCCGGAACCGAGUGAGGAGGAAUCUGGUGGUCCUCAGCAAGUCGACAGCAACUCUCUACUCUUGGACAGCAGCUAUCGAAGUGAAUAAAGAUUCUGAGGUUGUGCUACGGGAGAACGUCAUUGUCGGCUUUGAGCAGAUUGGUUAUCACAUUAAUGGAGAGCCAUGUCCCGGACAACCAAACCUUGCUGAACCUUGGGCUAAUAACGAGGUCCGUGGAGGACGGAUUGGUGUUUACAUGAAUGGAGAUGGAUUCCCCAAAUGCUCUCUUAUCCAAGGUUUCAUCGUCUGGAAAUGCCAGGACUUUGGCAUCUACUUCCAGGUAAAAGAUUCUGUGCAAGUCUCUAACGUGACUCUGGUGGACAACGGACUGGGUAUUUUUCCAAUGAUUUAUGGACCUCCUGCACUCUCACAUCAGAUAUCCAAUAAAACUGUUCAUGUUACUAAUGCCCUGAUUGUUGGUGUUAGCCCUGGCUUCAAUUGCUCAGAUACUCUGCAAAACAAUUCUGAUUCAACCAAUACAGGGAACAAAUGGAGUUCCAGACAGCCUUGGGUGUGCUCUCUCCCUGCCUCAGGAAGGAGCGAGAUCUGUUGGCCAACAUUUGCCUCGGCGAGCAACUUUGCACCUCGACACCAGCACUCUGUGCUGGUCAGCUACCCAGCCAUUAGUGGGCUAAUGAUGGUGCGGAACACAAUGUUUGUGGGAUUCCGGGGUGUGUGUUCCAAGGAGCUGAACACCAUGUUUAUCAGUAACCCUAACAACGAGGACAUGCAACACCCUGUGCUGGUGGAGGGGAUCACCAUCGACCAGAGUGAGGAGCGAGGGAAGGUCUUCAUACACAGGCCUGAUGUCACUAAGGUGAACCCCAGUGACUGUGUGGACAUGGAUUGUGAUGGCAAGAAGAAAGCCCUGCUGAAAGACCUCGAUGGCUCAUUCCUGGGGGGAGUGGGAGCUGUCAUCCCACAGUCGGAGUAUGAGUGGAAUGGAGACAAACGCGUGGGUGAUUACCGGAUCCCAGAAGUUCUGCUGACAUAUUUGAACGGGAGCCGUAUUCCUGUAUCCCAAGUGGCGCCACACAAAGGGAUUAUCAGAGAUUCCACCUGCACCUACAUACCUGAGUGGCAAAGUUACAAGUGCUUUGGGCUGAACUAUGAGUUGCUGGUUAUUGAGAGCCUGGACUCCGAUACUGAACGCAGGAGACUGUCCCCGGUGGCCCUGCUCUGCGAUGGCUACUUGGACCUCAUCAAUGGACCCCAGGACCAUGGUUGGUGCACUGGAUAUACGUGCCAUAAGAGGAUUUCGCUUUUCUACGGGAUCGUGGCCACCAAUAAGUCAUGUGACAUUUACUUCACUAGCACCAGUCCGCAGAGUCUGCGUCUGCUGAUGCCCAUCGCUAAUGCCAGCAGGGCCCUCCGCUUGUUGAUCUAUUACUCAUUACCACAACGCCUGGAUGUGUACAACAAUGGCACCCUUGUUCCUCCAACCAAUGCAGAAUGGAACAGUGCACACACAGACUACACCCUGAGGGCACCCACCUACCCAGGAGAGUUUGUUCCCAAGUUAAAAGCCCUGGUCCAUGGAGCAAACUAUUUUGACAGAAAAUACCAGAUGCUGAAUGUUUUACUGAGGGGUUCGAUUCCAGUUGAGAUCCACACAGCCCCCACACUCUUCAUUUCCUUUGAUUUACCCUCAAUGACAGUGGAUGAGUUCUACGGCCCAGACCUAGCAAACAACCUCGCCCUAUUCCUGGACGUGCCGGCAAGUAAAAUCCGCAUCACCAAGAUUGUGCGGGAGGAUGCGUGGCUCAGGAGGCGGGCUAGGUCGAUCACGGUGGAAGUGGAGAUCGGAGACCCUCCAUAUGGGCAGUUAUCAUCAAAGAACAGUACAAGCACCUCUGCAGGUACACUGAAAUACUCUGACCUGAAGGAAAUUGCCAGCAGCCUUGGUGAUGCCAUGUUAACUGGAAACUUGAAUGCUUCCUUGGGCUUUGAGAUCUCUGGCCCAUUUCCAACUCCAGAUGAUCCAGAGUGGUCCCAGGUGGCCACACAACCAGUGCAGAGAGAGGAAGCGAGUAAGAACCACGUGGCCACUGUGGCAGGCCUAGUCGUGGUAACUGAACCGAUAGCUGGAGACCCCGGGCAAGUGCUCAGACAGCAGCCCAGUCUCGUGGCAGUGGACUUCGAUGGGAAAUGUGUGUCAGUGGGAGUUACCUCGUGGGAGCUGGUCGCUGUGCUGGUGAAUUCCCAGGGUAUGCCAGUCCCAUCUCAAUGGAACAACCAGGAUCUUGUUCGAGGGUUGUUGGGCUAAAUUCACUGAUCUCUCCAUCAGCAUCAAUGGUGAGUGAAAUCUACAGCAAAGGCAUCC